AUGUAAAGAAAAGUUCAGUCAAAUUGUGGAUUACGCGCUGAAGUGAGGGAAUUGUUUGAAGCGCAUAUAUUUCUUUUUUAAAUUAAAUUAACAAAAUCAUCAAGAAUUUAACCGUCUAGUCCAUCUCAGUUAAGGUAAGGGCGUAAGUUAAACUACGGAUGUAAUGGAAAGUGAUAAUUUAUCAUAUUAAACUUCCUUCCAUAUCACAGCCAUGUUGAAGUAGUGUUUAUUUUAAUACGUUCUCGUCAGUUAUAGUUUUAAAGUUUCCAAGUUAAAGUUGUUCACAAGUAAAUGUGACAGACCCGAGUUUCGUUUGUGUUGUGAUCCUAAAAGUUGAAAAGUCUUUGAAAUGAAAAGUGUUUUAAAGUGCCACCAAUUCUGCCAUCGAGGCGUCAUCUUUAAGGGAUGGAUUCUGAAGAUUCUAGAGAUGGAAAUGGAGAUGCUCGAUCAUCUUCAAGUAGUAGCAGUUCGAGCUCCAGGAGCAGGAGGAGCUCAUCAUCAGACAGAAGUAGAAGAUCUAAAAAAGAUUCUAAGUUACCGCCUCACUCUCCUCGAUCUGGUGGUUCAGGUGGUCCACAUUCUCCUUCUCCAGAUAGUCAGUCACAAUCUCCUUUGCAUCCAACAUCCAAUCAACACCGAGGAGCUAGUUCCCCAGGGAACAUGAGCGGUGCUCAUUCUGAUAUUAAUUCUCCUGAAAAUUCAAUGCCUGGAUCACCUUUAGGUCCUAAAUCUCCAAGUACUCCUAAAUCUAGUGAUGUGGGUUCCAAUCCAGGAUCACCUACAUUCACUCAACAGUACAGUCCUGUUCCCAAUAGUAUGAAUGAAGGACCAAAGACUCCACAAAGUCCUAGUGGGUCCACAAAAUCUCCUACUGGUUCCCCAGAUACUAGAUCUCGACCAGCAUCACCAGAUUCACAGUCACAACCUACAACUCCUACAAGUAAACGACAGUCAAGAUCAUCGUCGUCCAGUCCUUCUCCAGAUCGCAAUCCAUCUACCUCAUUAGAUAAAAGAUUACCAGUAAAUAAAAAUGAUUGGAGUCCAAAAGAACAGUGGAGAAGACAUACAAAAGCUGAACAGAAAAUGGUACCAGCUCCACGCAGUCGUAGCAGAUCUGAGUCAAGUCAAUCUAGCAUUUCUUCAUACAAUAAAAGAAAUUCUAAAGAGCCAGGAACAGAAGAAAUAUCAGAAGGUGAAAUGGAAUCAGAGGAAGAAGACAAGAAAUCUACAGGACAAUCACCAAGGAGUGAGAAACAGGAUAAUAAAAACUUAAAUAUCAGUCAUGAGGAUUUGUCUGAUGUAUCAGAUUUGGAUUCCAUGGGAGAAGACACAGAAAAGCAAGCCAAGCCGAAGUCACCAGCUUCAGAAACCAAAGAAGUCAACAUCAAUGGUUCACAGUCCUCUCCAAAAUCGGAUGGUUCUAAAACAGAAUUGCCCAAACAUGACAAAGUUCCUCGUGAAAAAACCAGCAACACUGAAGAUGCAGAGGAACAGCUGGAUUUUGAGGCUGAAGAAGGGGAAUGUAUUGAACCCAAGACAGCUGAAUGUGAAAACGGAGAAAUUGAAGAGAAAGGCGAAGAAAAAGAGGAAGCUAAACCAGGUAAACGGUCGAGAGGCUCUUCGUUGGAGGAAGGCGAGGUCUCCGAUGAGGCAGAGCGACGACCAGAAGAAAGUGAGCCUCGACCAGUUUGCAGGUUUUUUGCACGCGGAGCUUGUACAUGGGGCGUCAGCUGCAGGUUUCUGCAUCCUGGAGUUACUGAUAAAGGCAACUAUAAUAUGUUUGAUGUCAUACGGGGAGUACCCACCGCCCCCGCGCGUGAUCCCCAACCUCCUGAGUCGGCUUGGGAACGCGGUCUUCGCACUGCCAAAGAGAUGCUACGCAUAGCGAACAAGCGCAAGGAGCAGGAUAUGGACUUUGAGGAGAAGAAGCUACACCUGUCGGUGGGCGGGGCCGUGCACGAUCCCGACGCCGAGCUCGCGUACGCCGCCGCCGCCGUCGGAGCCUCGCCGCCGAGGCACGCCGACAUGCCGCCCUACUACCGGGAACAUGAACUAAGAGCAUACGGGCCGAUGUAUCGCGGCAGAUUCCCGCGGCCCCCCGGUCCGGAUGAACGCGAGCGGUACUACGAGCGUGAGCGUGCGUACGAGCAACACGAGCGACCCUACGAACGCAUGCCUCCGCACUUCGAAGAGGGCAUACCGGAGGACGCCCCUUAUCACAAGCAGAGGCGGGUUCGCUCAUCCCGAGAGGUGAUAGUGCAGCGCGCGGAAGUGGAACGCAGAGAGGGACGCGGCCGGGAAGUGCGGGGCGAAGCGCGAGGGGAGGGGCGAGGUGAAGGGCGGGGGGAGGGCCGCGGGGACGAGUGGGCUGAUCCCUGGAUGCGCGCCGAGCCUGCAGCCAGGAGACGUCGUCCACCCUCCUCCGACGACUCAUACUCCUCAACCAGCUCUUCCAAUUCCAGCUCGAGAAGCUCGAGGUCCCCAGGCGCGCGUCGCAAAAGGAGAGCUUCAUCCUCAUCGAGACAAAGAUUAUCGCCAUCAGUGAUAGUCCGCGAGCGCAGGUUGGCGACAGCGCGCGCCACCGCCAUGAACCCGCCGGCGCCGCGGCGUCGCGCUCUGUCGCCCGCCACCGCGCGACAAGGCGCCGUCAACCCGCCGCCGCCCGCCUCCUUCAGACACAAGGAAGAAAUGGACCCUUACGGACGUAAUAAAUUACCAAAUCGUAACAAAGACAGAAAGAAAUAUUCGAGAUCGUCUUCUUCCGGAUCAGACUCUUCGUCGUCAUCAAGUGAAUCUGAAACAGAUUCUCGCUCGUCGUCCACAUCGGGCAGUUCGGGAGCACGCCGGGCCCGACACGCCAGGCUACUCAAUGCGGCCGCGAGACCGAGGUUAAAUGCGAAAUCAAAUGCUGGUUUCGCGGCGGCCGUGUCUACAGUGACCAGUAAAAAGGAAUCUUCAAUAGAAAAAGAAAUACCUAGUCGAAAACGUUCGACGUCAUCGCCUGUAAACGUACCGCCAGCUAAGAAACCCGUCUCACGGAGAGAGGAACUGCUGAAACAACUGAAGGCUGUCGAAGAUGCUAUAGCUAGAAAGCGCUCGAAGAUUUAAUAUUUGCUAAACGAAUAUAGAGUUUAUGGUAUUAAGCUCGCUCGCUGUCUGCCUGCUUUAAUAUACAAGUUGAAAAACUUCAAGCCGACGUGAUAUAGGCUCAGAAGAAUUGAGAUUGUACAAAUGUAAGCAUUUAACUUAAAAAAUAAUUUGUUACAAUCAAACACAUAGAUCACUUUAAAAUUGAAACAUCCCAAAUUAUCACCAGAAUAUUUUAUAAAUUACUAUUUAGUGGAAUAUUAAGUAAGUAAUUGUGUCUUCAGUUCAUCUCCAUGUAAGUAUUACAGUCACAGUAAUAGUGUGAUAUUAGACAGAAGUAGAAGAAAAUUGAGCAAAGAAAUAAAGGCAUUACAUAUUUUUAA